AUGAAGGUCAUCGAGAAAGGCACUGACCGCACGGCCUUUGCGCAUAUCACCGUCGAAGGGCGAGUGAAUCCGCUCGAAGAAUACGGUCAGUAUAUCGACGUUCGCGAUAAGGCCAUUUGCUGCUAUGUCGCCGUCGAAGAGGGCCAGAAGCUUCGGAUUAAGGGCAGUUUCUCAGGAUUGACCCUCAUCGUUGCCUACGACUGCCUUGUAGACGGAGUCUGCCGCAAGGCAAAUUCAUACGCUGGCAAGUCCGUGCAAGUGCAGAAGAGUAAGAAGCUCGAUAUUGAGAGUUUUCUGUAUCAGAUGCCAGACGGUGUCAUCGACACAGAGAUAUUAGUUGUUCCUUACACCGGAAAGACGGAUCUCAACAAAGAGGCGCCCGAGACUGUGGGUACUAUCGAGCUGCGAGUCUACAUCACUCGACAAUUUGAUGUGGAGCAUGAGAUCGACGAUGGAUGCACGUACGACAAGAUCAAGGAAGCCGUGGGCUCCGACAUCCAGAUUGCCAACUACAAGGAUGUCCCACCGCAGUAUCACAUAGCUUUCAAGAAGAACUGCUGCAUUCUCGAAGGACGCAAGGGCAGUGCCGAAAAGAAGAAAGUUCACGCGAAGCGUCCUGGCAAAGAGCCUUGGGCGAUUUUCCGCUUCCACUAUCGCACCAAAAAGUCGAUCGAGGCCAACAAUAUGGAUAUGACUUUCGAUGCAGCUGACACAGCUCCCGCGAAGCAAAAAGCCCACACACUUGAGCUCGACUCUGUGCCUCCGCUACUCAUCGGCUCCAAGCCAGCGGGCAAGAACGAUGGCGAGAACUCAGUACGCACGUCAUCUCCAGCGUCUUCUGAGGCGCCUUCAACGCCCACCAAGGGCGCGAAGAAGUCCCAAUUUGCCCAAGUAAGAGAGCGUCUCUCCUCCGCGCAUUGCCCCUCCGUGCGUUGCCCGAUUGAGUCUAUCAACGUCAUACCGACACCCAAGGUAAUCGUUAAGAAGAAGCAGAUCAAACUCGAAACAACUACCACGAGCCCAAUCUCCGAAAUGGCGCCCACCACCAACACUGAGCCCGCUGAGGCACCAGACAUGCCCAAUGAAAUCCUGGAUGAUGUUCAUUCCACACCACGUAAGACCAAGAACGAUGCCGCAGGUGACGAGAUCGUCAACGACGAGAAGGCUAACAACGACGUUCCUACCUUUCAGAAGGAUGGUGGCGAUGAGCCGGCCACUGGCACUCCCAAGAAAGCGGCAAAGAAGGCAGCGAAGAAGGCUACCGAGACCGUCGACGCAGAGCUCGAGAAGUCCAGCAAGGAGGUCCUCAAGAAGACCGUCAAGAAGGCCGAUGAGAAGAAGGAUUGUGAUUUGGCAGACCUGACUGCCCCAUCCCAAGCCGUGGAGAUAUCCAACACACCCACAGUGCCGCACCCUGCCGAUAUUCCCAGCGUCUUCGACAUACCCACAGCGCCAACUACCACGACUCUUCAAGCUAGCGUCGUCCCCAAUAUCAAGGACUUUGUCAAAUCUGGCACCAAAGGCUUCACUUCGCCCUUCAAGAAAGCAGUCACUAAGCCUGCUGCCAUCGACACGACUACACCCACGGUCCUCCAGAGGCCUGCCAUUCCACCUACGCCUACAUCUCCUCUCAAGCGCGCCCCGGAGGAUACAUUGACUCCACCGCCCGACAUCAAGCGCAUCAAGAGUGAAACCGUCCCACACCUCACACCAACGCGCCUUCCACGUGCAUCAGCCGCCUCGCCGUGCCCACGUUCCCCGUCAAUGGAAGCGCAGGUCGCAGAGCAGCGCAAACGCCUCGAGGCUGCGCGUAAGAAGCGUGACGAGAUGGCCAAGCAGAAGGCUGCUGUGGAGAAGAGGCUUGCACCCUACAAGCAGCGAAUGGCCGAAGAGCUGGAGCGCUUGAAGCAGGAGACGGCAGAUGAGGAGGCGGAGAUGGCUGCAGAUGAGGAGGAAUACAUGGCCAGCAAGGCUAUGUUGGCUGAGUUCGAGCGCGGCGAGGGUGGGAUCUAUGUGGCGACUUAG